UGAAUCUUGGCCAUGAAAUGUCAGUGGAUUGUGGUUCUUUCCGCUUAGAAUUCUCACCAUUUUCAUUUGGCUAUGAAACGCAAUGGUGGUUGCACAGGCGCACACCCAAAGCAGAGUAGCUUUUGGUCACACAACCAAACAAGACGAGCGGCACAUGAAACUGCAGCCGUCCAACUCCAAUACGGCAACACAUCAUGCCAUCGCCAUUGUCCGUAUCUUAUGGUUGCAAUGCUUUUUUGUGUUCUUUACGUGACGCUAUAUGACUCCGGCUGCAGCCCACCUAAAAGAACUUUUCCGGACUGAAGAAAAAGCUAUAUUGAUAGUACCAGGAGAGUGCUACCUGCUACGUAACAAAGGAAGGCGCCCGUGAUGAAUCCUUUGUCUCGUCGUCAAUCAUAAAGAAAGUGUGGAGUCAAUCAGAGUCAUGUGCGAGGAGGGUGGAGGGAACAGUCGCAACGUCAUGACCCUGCCUGGGAUUCGAUGAGAGAAAACAAAAAACUAAUGCUCAGGGAGAUCAGUUUGCUUAGUUUAUACUGCACUGCAGAGCCACCUUUUCUUUUCUAUUUGAGAAGCCUCUUCUCCUAGAGGCAUCACCAAAUCUCCCUCGAUUCUUCCUGCUCCGUUCUUGGCCCUGGGGAGGAGGAACCAUGGGCAACGAAUUCGACUACCUGUUCAAGCUCCUCCUCAUCGGCGACUCCUCGGUCGGCAAGUCCUGCUUCCUCCUCCGUUUCGCCGAUGAUGCGUAUGUGGACAGCUACAUCAGCACCAUCGGCGUUGACUUUAAAAUCCGCACAUUAGAGAUGGAAGGGAAGACCAUAAAAUUGCAGAUUUGGGACACGGCAGGACAGGAGCGGUUCAGAACCAUCACGAGCAGCUACUACCGCGGAGCUCAUGGGAUCAUUAUCGUCUACGACAUCACGGACAUGGAGAGCUUCAACAAUGUCAAGCAAUGGCUGAGCGAGAUCGACAAGUAUGCCAAUGACAGCGUGCGCAAGCUUCUUGUUGGCAACAAGUGUGAUCUGGCUGAGAGCAGGGUCGUCGACACUGCGGUAGCACAGGCCUACGCUGACGAGAUAGGCAUUCCUUUCCUAGAAACAAGUGCUAAAGAGUCCAUCAAUGUCGAGGAGGCGUUCUUGGCAAUGUCUGCAGCAAUCAAGAAGAGCAAAGCUGGCAGCCAACUUGAGAGGCAAGUCUCCAAUCUGGUCCAGAUGAAAGGCCAGCCAAUUCAGCAGCUGCAGCAAAAGCAGAAGAGCAGUUGCUGUUCAACAUGAUGGCGCAACUAUCUUCCAGGAAUCAGGAUGAACAAGGCAUUUGCUAAAUGUGUAACUCUGCCUUCCUUGCCUUUUUUAUUACUUAGUAGUCGCAGGUUGUAUCAGUAAGUGAUUUUAGAUGUUCAUGUGGAUCUUUCAGCGUAGCAACAUGUGUCAAAAUUAAAAUUUUAUGGUUUCGAUCUA